AUGGCUCCAAAUCAUAUUUUGAUGAACCUCGAUAGCGCUUUUUUCUACGCACCAAAUCUCUCUGGCGCCUACGCCGUUCCUGCGUCGCCCGAUCACAAGAUUUUCCAGGUGCCAAUACCUACGUAUCAAAUGCUCGCUCCGUCUAGUAUACCAAUGACCGAUAACGAAAUCCUAUCUGCCCUUGCGAACGAAAUGUCGGACCCGAAAGUACUUCAACAAUGGUUGGCCGCUAAUGCUAAUGAUUCUCUGGCCUCUCCCGUUAUACAGCAACAUCAGAAUUCACUAGAAUCUUACAUCAUGAACGACGAUCUCUUUGAUCCUAACGAUGUGAUGUUAGCUAGCCCAACCGAGGAAAAGAUAUCUCCUUCUGGUUUAAAUUCCCCGGUGAACAGUAAUCUCGGUGUAGAGGAAAAUUCAGAAAUGUUGUGUAGUUCCUUUGAUGAUCUUUUGGAUGAUGAUUUAAAUUCUUCUUUGGAUUUCUUUUCUGAUUCUGGCUUCAAUGCCUUGACCGAUGAUGCUUUAGCUGUUUUAUCUCCUUCUAUGCAGCAUUCAAUUCUUCGUAGAAAGCCAGUUAAGCAGGAAGAUUGUAUGGAAACUUUUGUCAAGCUUGAACAAAACGAUGAACAAGAUAUCCUGAUGUCACAAGCAUCAAGCACUGUCGAAACUGCUUCGUCCCACACUAGUCCUUUAUCUACGGCACCGCCAUCUCCUCAACCUAUGGCCGCGUCUUCUGACGCUCCAGCCACGUCCAAACCUAAAUCUGGAACGACCACCAAAAAGCAUACAAGUACAAAGCCACCACGAAACUUAGAGUGCUUCAAUUGCGGUGUAAACAAGACACCACUCUGGCGGCGUACUCCCGAUAGAAUGCACUCAUUGUGCAACGCCUGUGGCUUAUACUAUAAACAAUACAACACUCAUCGGCCGCUACAUAUCAGAAACAAGCCAAGCACUAGUAGCGGUCCAUAUACUCUUCCAGCAUCACGAAAGAAUACAGUUUCUAGCAUUUCAUCCGAAACUUCUGGAUCACAACCUUCGCAAUCGCAGGAAUCUCAACAACAUCAAAAGAACGAAAAGGGUCAACCCAUCUGCAAUGCCUGUGGUCUGUAUGCCAAAUUGCAUAAUAGGGAUCGUCCUGUUGCUAUGCGAAAGGCAAAAAUUCAACGUCGUCGCAGGGACUGGGGUGCUACUAAUGGUAACCCGAAUGGCUGUCCUGAUGGAUCAGGUUCGGAUGGUUCAUGUGACUCCAAUCCACAGAGUCCAACAUCUCCACAACAUUCACUUACCAUUCAAACCCUCUUACCUGGACAACGUCCAAUCAUGCCUUUAAUGUUUCCUCAAUCACAACUUGUCUCUUCGCCGAUUGCGAUGGUAGCUCCGAAUACUAUUCAACAUAAUUAUCCUUUUGCACCACAAUUUGAUUUCGAUGAUUCGAGAUUCAAGGCUUUGAUCGGAAAGAUGUCAAGGAAGCAAGUUGAAAAUUUCCUUUCCGUUUUGGAAAGGCGCUGUGACAUUCUGAAGCAAGUAUUGGACAACGAACAAGAUUGUUAG